AGCUCUUCCCAUUGAAGCUUCGCAUCGGUUCAAUCCCCUCUCUGCAUUAUUAGUUGCAACUGAGCUUACUGCUUUUAGGAAUUGCCGGAGCUCUGAUUAUCUUGCCUUUCUCAACGGCUGGAUGAUGAUCUGGAUUUUCCGACGACGAGGAUAAUCAGGAAGAACAAUUUUUAGUAGUGAUGAAGCAAAAUCAUUCGAGCGGGAGCAACUCCGAUGGAGGCAUCAACUGUAAAUUCAAUUUGUCUGAGCAUGCUAAAGCACAUAAUAACUUCUCGAGCCAAGAUAAGUUCUUGAGCUCGAAAUUCCUAUACUCACUGUCAAGUCAGAGACCUCAAAUUGUUGAAGCAACGGGUGCUAGGCACUUGCUUUGUCAAGUUCAGAACGACAGGAUGCAGGGUCAACAUCUUGAAAAGCAGGCCUGGCAGCUGCUUUCUAGCCUCCAGUUAUCUUCUAGAAGUUAUAGUAAACCUGGGAAAAGCAUUCCUUUAACAAAGAAUGUCAAUGCAUCUAUAUCUGGAGGUUCAAGACAAACAACACAGCUAUUCCAAUCUGAUUUGAAGAGCAUGGCUGCAGGGCGAGAUCAAAAUCAUAAAAGCUUAAGUAAAGGUGAUGUACUAGUUGGUGGGCCCAGUAAAAGCCUGAACAGUUGUUAUACAGCCAACACUGUUGAGGUCAAGGAAAGUAGACAAUUUCCAACCAUGCAGAAUGGCUCACACUCUGUCCAUCAUACUGCAAUUAGAUCUACUACGCAAACAAGUACAGGGAAUGACCCCAGGUCUUCCUUUGCUGUUGACAUGGAUGAUGAUGACAUUCUGGAGGAUAUUGAUGUGGACCAAAUAGUUUUAAAUCAUUAUCAGUCAACACCUCAACCAUCACUCUCUAAAAUUCCACCAAUUACUCCACUUACGGUUAAAAACAAUUAUCCUAACGAUGAAAUAAGUUUACCUCCGGAGCUGUGCUUGAUAUGCAGUCAUGGUUGUAAGAUAGGUCUGUGCUCUGAAGCUUCAGACCACCUUAAAACGAUGAAGGAUACCCUGAUAGCUAUAUCAAAUGAUCUAAUAGACAAUGUUGAUGAUAUGUCUCCUGAGAAAGUAGAUGCCCUUCGCCAGGAAAGGCAGCAGCUGAAGGAACAAAUUAAGCAGCUUGAGAAGCAUAUUCCUAAUAUGUCAGUCAAUGAGGAAAGAAGAACAUCACAUUUUUCAGCCUCUACAGCAACACCUAUGGCUUUUCACUACGAGACUCCUGGCACAAUGCCGUACACAAUUGGUCCCACAAGACUUGAUUCCCAGUUCCAAGAAAACAAUUCAGUAUACGACUCUGAUAGAUGGGGUUCAUCAUCAUGCUAUACAACAGAUGGUAUAGGGGUUUCAACUCCAUAUGAGAGAACACCUUAUGUGCCCAAGAAUAUUCAAGUUAAUUACAUAGACGGUUCAAAUGACCAAAAAUGGAGCAGUCGGGGAUUUCCUUGGAUGAAAACACUAGAGGCUGAAAACAGAAAAACAUUUGGUAAUCAUUCCUUUCGGCCAAACCAAAGAGAGGUGAUCAAUGCUACAAUGAGUGGACAUGAUGUGUUUGUUCUUAUGCCAACUGGAGGAGGGAAAAGUCUGACUUACCAGCUCCCUGCACAUAUAUGCCCUGGUAUAACUUUGGUCAUUUCACCUCUUGUUUCUCUUAUCCAAGACCAAAUCAUGCAUCUUUUGCAGGCGAACAUAGGUGCUGCUUAUCUCAGUGCCAGCAUGGAAUGGGCUGAGCAGCAGGAGAUUCUUAGGGAGCUUAGUUCAGAAUACUGUAAAUACAAGCUGCUGUAUGUCACCCCUGAGAAAGUCGCGAAAAGUGACGUCCUACUGCGGCAUUUGGAGAACCUACAUGCUCGUGAGUAUCUUGCUAGGAUUGUAAUCGAUGAGGCUCACUGUGUUAGCCAAUGGGGACAUGACUUUAGACCAGAUUACCAGAGUCUGGGCAUUUUGAAGCAGAUGUUUCCAACUGUACCUGUACUGGCCUUAACCGCUACUGCUACUAUUAGUGUAAAGGAAGAUGUUGUACGAGCUCUCGGUCUAGUGGAUUGCAUCGUUUUCAGACAAAGUUUUAAUCGUCCGAACUUGAGAUAUUCGGUCGUUCCCAAGACAAAAAAGUGUAUAGAAGAUAUUGACAAAUUUAUCAAAGAGAAUCAUUUCGAUGAGUGUGGGAUAAUUUAUUGUCUUUCUAGAAUGGAUUGCGAAAAAGUAGCUGAAAAGUUAAAGGAGUAUGGACACAGGGCAGGAUUUUACCAUGGGAGCCUGGAGGCCUCACAGCGUGCAAUGAUUCAAAGACAGUGGAGUAAGGAUGAGAUCAACAUUAUAUGUGCAACAGUGGCCUUUGGCAUGGGUAUCAAUAAGCCUGAUGUUAGGUUUGUCAUUCACCAUUCUCUUCCGAAAUCUAUUGAAGGCUACCAUCAGGAGUGUGGUCGUGCUGGUAGGGAUGGCCAGCCUGCAUCUUGUGUGUUAUACUACAGCUAUAGUGAUUAUAUCCGAGUGAAGCAUAUGAUUACUCAAGGUGCGUAUGAGCAAACUCCCUUUGCAUCCGGACAUAGUCGUAGCAACAUGACAUCCUCUGGGAAGUUAUUGGAGACAAACACUGAGAAUCUUCUAAGAAUGGUUAGCUACUCCGAGAAUGAUGUUGACUGUCGACGCCUGCUACAGCUUAUUCAUUUUGGAGAAAAAUUUGAUCCUAUUAACUGCCUGAAAACAUGUGACAAUUGUUCCAAGAACCACAUCUGUGUUGAGAAAGACGUGACUGAGAUAGCAAAGCAGCUGGUUGAAUUGGUAAAGAUAACAAGACAGCAGUUUUCAACUGCCCAUCUGUUGGAAGUCUACAGAGGUUCCUUGAGCCAAUAUGUCAAGAAACACGGACAUGAAGCACUGAGCCUGCACGGAGCUGGAAAACAUUUGGCUAAAGGUGAAGCAUCUCGUGUGUUGCGUCAUUUGGUAAUUGAAGAUAUCCUUUUUGAGGAAGUGAAAAAGAGCGAUGUAUAUGGAUCAGUGUCCUCAGUGGUGAAGGUAAAUGACUCGAAGGCCCGCGGUAUCUUUGUUGGAGGCCAGACAAUUAAAUUAAGAUUCCCGUCUACUGCUAAAGCUUUCAAGUCAAGUCGAUCAGAAGCCACUCCAGCGAAAGGCUCACUGACAUCAGGAAAGCAAACCUCUCAACAGAUGGAUAACCCCGCGCAGCCACAGCCGAUAGUGGAUGUGGAUCUCUCAGGCAAGCUGUUUGAAUCAUUGCGAAAACUUAGAAGCGCCCUUGUGAAGGAAGGUGGAGAUGGGCUGUAUGCACAUCAUGUUUUCACAAAUGGUACAAUGCAGCAGAUCGGCAUAAAAGUACCUAGAACUAAAGAGGAACUUCUAGAUAUCAAUGGCAUGGGCAAGGUAAAGGUGAGCAGAUACGGUGACAGGUUGCUGGAAACCAUUGAAGCCACCAUCAGGGAACAUAACAAAGAGAAAAGUAGCAGCAGCAGCAACGACAGCCUCGACUCAAAAAGGCGAAGAGAUGCUGCCAGUAUCCCUGAUGGGAAUGAUGACUUCACCGAGAGCACUGCACGGACCAAGAAAAGGCUGGUGAAGAAACAGGACAAAAGUUCACAGCAGCAGCAGCAGCAGCAGCAGCCGGCAUACCAGUUUGAUCUCGGUGACAUCGACUUUGACGAUGAUCUAUUUGAUGUCGAAGUCGAUCAAAGUAGCAGUGGUAGAGUUCUACCUUCAUGGUCAGGGUCAACCACCAACGGAAGCCAACUCCAUGCUUGAUUUUGUAUAGGUUGCUUCGAACAAGCAUGUUGUACCUUAUCCACCAACAUGUUAUAACUAGAAUCUUCACUUGUUUACUCUAAUUUUUUGCCAUAGAUGGAAAAUGUAUCGAAAUCA